AUGGAUUGCAUAUUAGAAGACAGAGAUCUUACUGCCAAUGAGCUCGGGAUCUAUUAUAAACUUUCAGAGACCAUCGAUUUAGUGAGGCAGACAGGACAUCAGUGUGGAAUGUCAGAGAAGGCAAUUGAAAAGUUUAUCAAACAGCUGUUAGAGAAGAAUGAACCUCAGAGGGGACCACCCCGACAUCCUCUGCUCAAGGUUGCUUACAAGGUCCUGAUCACACUGGGGUUAACCCUGCACACUACCUACUUUGUUAUUCAGCUCUAUAGCCCUUUACCACCUGAACCAGUGCUCUCUGGGGCUCACAGCUGCACACUGAUCCAUCAUAUCAGGCUAUUGUCCCUGCCCAUUGCCAAGAAGUAUAUGCUUGAAAAUAAGGAAUUUGUUCCUCUGUCUAAUUAUAAUGAGCCCCCAAGUGACAAUGGAUACCCAGCCUCAGCCUCCUCCGUCUCUGUCUUCUCCCCUGUAUAUACGUUCCUUCUCUCCCCUCAAAGCUUGGGCUCCCUGUGCCUCCGCACAAACCAAGCUAAUCCACAGGCUGCACUAGGGCUGUGCCCAGCGGGGCUCGAGGGGCCCCCCUGCUGCAUGCCUGGAACCUCUGCACAGUCUAUGCUAGGGCCUGGAAGGACAAGCCUGGGAUCUCCGGGGCAGCUCCCCUCAGGAUAUAGGGAGCUCGGGCUUUUCUCCCCCAGCUGUCUGACCUGGCAUCCCAUAAAUCCCAUGGGACUACAACUAGAAUCCAGGACUGUUGUUUUUUAG